ACGAACGAGCCAGAGUUCCGUCCCCCUUUUCAUGCGAGGGUCAGCUGCGGGCUGCCUUAAACAAAUGGGAGUGUCGUGAUGUGGAUGAGUAGCAAGAAAAAAGUUCAGAAGAAAAAAGGCAAAGCCAAAGAUGUACCUGAUGAUUUCGACGACCUGGUGGAGAAUGCCAAUGAUGAUGGGUGUGGCUUAUCGCGAAAGUAUGCCACAGACAUCAUAAGGCUGAUCAAAUGUCAUUCGAAGCCAUUGAAUAAGAUUGCUGCAGAGUUUGUUGAGAUCUUCAAAGAGCGAUGUUCGCUUGUGGUUGGCAUGGCGUUGCUGGCGAUUUACGAUGAUUUAGCGCCUACAGAUGACAUUGCUAGCAAAAUCAUUACCGUUUAUUUGAUAUAUAGAGUCCGUGACAUUGAAGUAGGACUGAGGCGCAGAAAUCCUGGUGGGAUUGAAGAUAUAUUAGGCCAUCCAUUUAUGUCUUUUUUCCUUAACCUGGUAGAGUCGAAGGUCGUCGAUGACAUUUGUGUCACAUACCCGCUCCCAAUUGGCAUUGAGCGUUCUAUAGUUCUAAGGAUUUUGAAUGGAAAAACCUCUGAAUUCGCCAACAUGAGCGCCAUUGAUCUUCUUGCUGGUGGUUCCUUAAAUGAUUAUACUUCUACCUUCCUACUUUACGGCCUCUUUUGA